AUCACAAAGUGUUGGAGGGAGCAGAGAGAGAGGAGCCGUUCUGCUGUUUCUGCCUUCUGACCAGAUCGCCUAGAUUCACUCAUCUUCAUCUUCCUCCUCAUCUUCCUCCAUGUCGGUUCUUCCUCGGGGGCUCAGAAUGCUCCAGCAAGUCUGGAGGCUGAAGGGACUCUUGGUUCUGUUCUGCAGCCCGGUUCUGCUGCUGCCGCUGGCAUUCAGCACCACGGAAGCGGCCUGUGCGUAUGUCAUCGCCCUCAUGGCGGUGUAUUGGUGCACGGAAGUUUUACCGCUAGCAGUGACAGCGCUGCUGCCCACCAUCCUGUUCCCAGUGCUCGGCAUCAUGGAGUCCAGAGACGUGUGCAUGCAGUACCUGAAGGACACCAACAUGCUGUUUGUGGGGGGGCUGAUGGUGGCCGUGGCGGUGGAGCACUGGAACCUCCACAAACGGAUCGCACUCAGAGUUCUGCUGCUGGUCGGAGUCCGGCCUGCCCUAUUGAUGCUGGGGUUCAUGGGGGUGACGGCCUUCCUGUCGAUGUGGAUCAGCAACACAGCCACCACCGCCAUGAUGGUCCCCAUCGUACAGGCCGUCCUCGAUCAGCUCCUUGGCAAUAGAAAAAAGGUUGGCGUUGCUGUGGAGAUGGUGAAGAUCCAGAGCAGGACUGUGUCUGUGCAGCAGGAGUGUCAGCAGAAGACCAUCAGCAUCGAGGAAAUGGCCGACCCAAACAUCCCAAACAAAGAUCUCAACCUGUCAACUAAUCAUAGUCAAUCAGAGGACGCCAUCAGCCCAGAAGACACCAAGACACCUAAGCAGGAGGUGAUAUCUGGGCAUCCGACAGCCAAUCAGGACGUUAUCAAACCAACACCCCAGGACAAGCCUCCGUCAGACAGCAGCAGUCCAGUGGUUCUGACGGUGGAGACCAACCAGGCUACACCUCAGCUGGAGCUGGAGGAGCUGAGUGAUGAAGAUGAGGAGAAGAAGAGAAUGAGCAAAGGUCUUCUUCUUUCCGUGUGCUACGCUGCCAGCAUCGGAGGCAUCGCCACCCUGACGGGAACCGGGCCUAACCUGGUUCUGAUCGGACAGAUGAGCCAACUGUUUCCUCAGAACGGCGAUGUGAUCAACUUUGCAUCAUGGUUCGUGUUUGCCUUCCCCACCAUGUUGUUGAUGCUGACGCUCGCCUGGUUCUGGUUGCAGUUCCUCUUCGUCGGCUGGAACCUGAAGAAGACCUGGGGCUGCGGCUCGGGCCAGUCCCACAAGGAGAAGGCCGCGUACGACGCACUCAAGGAGGAGUACAGGCGGCUGGGACCCAUGAGUUACGGUGAGAUCAGCGUCCUGGCACUCUUCGUCCUCAUGGUGAUGUUGUGGUUCACAAGGGACCCUCGCUUCAUGGACGGCUGGGCCACCCACGCCUUCAACGCCAAAGCAGAGUUCGUCACCGAUGCCACCGUCUCGUUGUUCGUCGCCAUCUUGUUGUUCGUCCUUCCCUCUGAGCCGCCGCGCUACCUCUGCUUCUGGCGGGACUCCGACUCCGGGAGCCGGCUGUCUCGGGGCCCCACCUCUCCGCUGCUCACCUGGCAGGUGACCCAUGACAAGAUGCCCUGGAACAUCGUCCUCCUGCUGGGGGGCGGCUUCGCUCUGGCUAAAGGCAGCGAGGUGUCCGGUCUUUCCCGCUGGCUCGGCGCUCAGAUGACGCCGCUGCACUCCAUCCCACCGUGGGCCAUCGCCAUCAUCCUCUGCCUCCUCAUCGCCACCUUCACGGAGUGCGCCAGCAAUGUCGCCACGGCAACGCUCUUCCUGCCCAUCCUUGCCUCCAUGUCCCAGUCCAUCAGGCUGAACCCGCUCUACGUCAUGAUACCCUGCACUCUCAGCGCCUCCUUCGCCUUCAUGCUGCCCGUGGCCACGCCCCCCAACGCCAUCGUCUUCUCCUCCGGUUUCCUCAAAGUGUCUGACAUGGCUAAAACCGGCGUGGUGAUGAACAUCAUCGGGAUCGGCUGCAUCACUCUGGCCAUCAACAGCUGGGGGCGCGUCCUGUUUUCCCUGGACUCUUUCCCCUUGUGGGCCAACAUCACUUCCCCGGUGUAGAACCCACAACCUCCUGCCAGCCGGGAUCCUCCAGUCCUGAGCCUCCGGACGCAGAGUUCUCCGAAAACCGCUCCCAGCUUUACUUCAUCUUCACGGUUUCAGAGAGAAUUCAGGACUUUUUCCUCGUCCAAUGUUUGUCAAUGUUAUGGCCUCAGAAUACUGUGCAGGGGGAUGCUUCCCUAUCGCUGGAGGCUGCAUCCAUUCUGAAUCCAACUACUGAAUAACGACACACUGGCUCCGAGCUACCAGAUCCAGCAACUGAGCAACCAGAUCCAGCAACUGAGCAACCAGAUCCAGCAACUGAGCUACCAGAUCCAGCAACUGAGCAACCAGAUCCAGCAACUGAGCAACCAGCACUGGCAAAUAAGAAGGAAGCUACUCACUAGUUUUAGCUUUGGAGGGAUUGGUCACCAUCUGGAUUGAUUUCUUACUUCGCUCUCCAUUAGCAUAGCCUAGCAUUAGCAUUCAAUAGGUUGGAUAUUAUAUGCCAACAGUUUUCUCAAUAAAGUCUAUAAAAGUGUAAGAAAGAGGUAACAAGUCUUUGCAUGCUAGUUGUUUGCCUAUCUAAGGCUGAUACUAGCUUCUCCACAACUACUUCCAGCCAAUCUGUGCUAACAGGACACGAGUUCCUCCUUCAUUACAUCACAAACCUUUCUCAUUUCCUGACAGAUUUCCUAAAAGCCCCACAAAAGCAUCAUGUUUCCCACCAACUUCUUGGUGAGUGUUGGUGCAGGUUUCACCACUGCAGAAGCAGUGGUGUAACGAAGAGGUUUAAUUGGAUUCAAAUGUUUCUCUGUGUUAGCAAAUCUAAAUAUUUAUAGAUACUUUAUUAUGUACAUACUGUAUGUAAUUUGCAGAGUUUUCUAUCGUCAUGAUCCCAAAAGUUUUAUAUGUAAAAAAAGUUAAUCUGUAAAUAAACGUGACAAAAUUCA